AGGCCGACGCUCUAUCCACUGAGCCAAACCGGUUUCGGCGAGGAAUACUUUUUAUGUUUAGUUUACCCCGUACAAACACCCUGCAGGUAGACAGUGCUCUCCCCAAUUUACAGAGCGGAAUACUGAUGAAGAUCACUCACAUAGAAAGUGGCAGGUGGGGGGUGGGCCUUCGAAGCCCAUGUUCAUUUCAUUACUCCCAGCCUGUUCAAAUAAAUCCGGCACAAUCUCAAAGUAUUUCCCCGUGAUGAAUGCUCCCCUCUGUGAGGCCGUCAAGUCAGAAAAUCUCGGAGAAGAUAAAGGAUUCCCCCUCUCCAGGUGCCCUGGUGCCUUGGAUGUGGCCUUGUGGGCCCAGAACGCAUCCUUUCUGGUCUGAUACCUCCCUCGCCCUCCUGGCCAGAGGGUCAAUGCCUUUCCUGAAAGCUGUGAGCCCCGGUAGACUGUCCACUCCCCACCUCUUUCCCGAGGGAAGAUGACCCCAGGGCGACCUGACUCCUUUCCCCCACGGAGCUGCCAUUCCGCGAGCGGCCGCCAGAGGGUCCCCGCUCGGCGCCCCCGCGCGCCAGCCGCGCGCCGAGAGCGUGUGGGGGCUACUUGGGCGCAGAGAGCCUGCAGCCGGAGCCCCGCGCUCGCUGCCCCGGAGACCGGCGUGGCUCCCCAGGAGUCCCGUCUCCUGCCCCGAGCUCGCCCUCUUCCCUCUGCCGCUGCAGCUCACCCGGCGCAGGAAGCCGACAGGGCCCCGGGCCGAAGGUAAAACCCCGCGGCUCUCAUCCUGCAGCUCUAGUCCACUCUGCCUUCUUUCUGCCAGAGCCCAAGGAAGAAACAUGAGAUUCCCCUGGAAAUCGCCCGAGAGGAAGAUGGAAGGGGCCAUUUAAAAGUGACAGAAGCUGCAGGCCGCAAGACUGGGGCCAGAGGGCUGGCAGUGGAAAACUCUGUUGGGUUGUGAUCUCUCACUGAGAAGUUCCAGGUGCUUUUUUGCUUCCUGCAAAACAAAGGAAGAAAAGGAGAAGACCAUGUCCAUAGCUCUGAAGCAGGUGUUCAACAAGGACAAGACCUUCCGGCCCAAGAGGAAAUUUGAACCUGGCACACAGAGGUUUGAGCUCCACAAACGGGCUCAGGCAUCCCUCAACUCAGGCGUGGACCUGAAGGCGGCGGUGCAGCUGCCCAGCGGGGAGGACCAGAACGACUGGGUGGCUGUGCACGUUGUGGACUUCUUCAAUCGGAUCAACCUCAUCUACGGCACCAUCUGUGAGUUCUGCACCGAGAGGACCUGCCCUGUGAUGUCAGGGGGCCCCAAAUAUGAGUAUCGGUGGCAGGAUGACCUCAAGUACAAGAAGCCGACCGCACUGCCCGCUCCCCAGUACAUGAACCUGCUUAUGGAUUGGAUCGAGGUCCAGAUCAACAACGAAGACAUCUUUCCAACAUGCGUGGGUGUCCCCUUCCCAAAGAACUUCCUCCAGAUCUGCAAGAAGAUCCUGUGUCGCCUCUUCCGGGUCUUCGUGCACGUCUACAUCCACCACUUCGACCGGGUCAUCGUGAUGGGCGCAGAGGCCCACGUCAACACCUGCUACAAGCACUUCUAUUACUUCGUCACGGAGAUGAACCUCAUCGACCGCAAGGAGCUGGAGCCCUUGAAGGAGAUGACCAGCCGGAUGUGUCACUAGUGCCCCACCCUACCCUGCGGAAGAAAGAGGGCAGCUGCUCGCUCCUGGAGGCCCAGGUGGGCGGGAGGAGACCUGGCUGAUAUGGCGCUCGGACUUCCAGCCGGCGAGGGGGACACCGGGAUGACUCCUGAGAGACACGCCCCUCACUUCUGUGUCUUAACCCUGAGUGCUGCUAGCCUCGCCCUGUGGAGUGGCCGCCCGAGAGAAGGACCCCCACCCCCGACCACAGGAAGCCUCCGAGCCCCCGCAGCCCUGCCUGGGCCCGCGCUGGGCCGGAUUCAGGUUGUGAGACUGAGACACUGUGUGCUUUCCCUCCUCUGUCUUGUCUGCCGGCCGACUUUUCCGUCCCUGUGUUCUAAGUCCUGAGUGCAUUUGGAUCUCUGGAUGCCCCGCGAGUCUGUCUAAACAAGCCUUCCUCCCGUUCAGUCCCUGCAAACUCCCGCCCUGCUCCUGUGGCCUGACUGUGCGCAGGGCUGUGGAGCUGGAGACACAAGGCCCUGGCAGCACCCACACCGUUUCCCUAACAGGCAUCCUAUCAGGGACACUCUGCGGGGGGCCGUCUCUGCCCCCGGCGGGGUCUGCACACUUACCUACAGGGAAGAGCCUGGUUUCUAGUCACCAGUUCACCCUGAACCGAAUGUGUUUUUUAUAACCACGCCAUUCUUUCCACUUAAGAUGUUUGGUCCUGUUUCCCAGAAGAGAGGAAUGGGAGGGAGUUAUAAAUGACCAGGGAUGGUCAGCAGAAGCCCUGAGCCAGAUUAGUGCCGUGUUUGUUCUUCAUUGGGGAGGGGGGGUGGGGGGGGAUCACGGCUGUCGCUGCGUAAUACCAAAUUUCAGCUAAAAAAACAAAAGUACAAUUGGCUGUUGGUGCACGGGGCUCAGACUCCCGGGCACGGCCUUAACCUUCCCGGCUGGCCCUCUGAGCUUCUGAACCCAGCCAAUGGCCGCUUCCUCUUCCUCCACCCUCUCCUCGCCUCUGCUGUAUUACAUGAUGGCCUGAAAUUAAUUUCUGCCCCAAUGAUUGUGCCACAGUCGCCAAGGUAACCGUGGAGCUGCAGCGCACUUCCUUCUUCCAUCCUCCCCAAGUUUUCCAUUCCAGUAGACAGGAUGCCCACUCUGGGCUACUUCCUGCCUGUUGAAACCCAGGUGAGUGUCACCUCUCUGAUUCAUUCACCAUGCGGUGGAGGCCCCGGAAGCCUGUGACUAGGUGGUAACUAUACUUCCAGUGAGCAUUUGAAUAUGGCAAAAUAGCCGUUGGUGGAGGGAAGUAGAAACGAAUGUAUUAGUGCAUUGUAAUGUAGUACCGAUUAAAGAAUAACUAAGCAA